AUGGGCUACGGCUCUGUAGCAGCCUCAUCACUAUCGAUCUUGGGCCUUCUAGGUCUGGUCAAAAGCACGGUUAAAUUAGCCCUGGGACUUGAAAAAUGCAGCACGGCAGGUUUCAACAUCGAUUCUCUACGAGGACGAUACGGAUUCCUUCCGGAUGAAUCCAUCAAUACUGAUCUCUUUGAUUGCGAUGCUGUGGAUGUUGUUACAACCAAAGAAGAUGUGUACAUCAGCAAGCAAAAGCAGUUUCUCCACCGCGAAAGAACUCCAAUCGUCAGCGUUGGGAAAGACUGGCCAGGCGGGCUUGCAGGAGUUACUGCAGUCAACCUGGGUAACACCACACACGAGAAUUCCUUCGCACAGAGUCCCAUCGUAGUCGCACUGGUGGCUUUCCUUUGCUCCGGCGCAACAUCAUGGCUCCUUCUAUGCGUAACGACGGACUGGAAUUGGCUCCUUGUCAUCGCUGUACCUGGUCUGCAUGCCAGCCUCCUCUUUAUGCUAGCUCUACCCCUAGCAUACGAACGACAGACUGGCAGACCCGGAAGCAAGAUCUCGACGGAGAAGUACCAAGCACUUUUUACCGGUCCACAGGGCGCACACAGCCGGCUUCACUUCCUCCAAGCUCGCGUCAACGGCGGAGACGUUCUCCACUUCCGUGGCCAAACCCACUUUUACGACCCUAGCUUCAUGUGGUUGCCUGCGCUUCUCGUGUCAGCCUUUUGCGCAACGGCUUAUGUCUGCCAAUAUGCCGUCCUAAAAAGUGCUUCUAGUCAGCGGGCGCUGAUUUGGAUUGGCUGCCAAGCCGCUCUGGCAGUGCUUCGCCUGGGCUUCUGGGCCAUCAAUCCUCGCUUUGAUGAUCCGAAGACCGAGGAAACGGAGUACAGCCUUGUGCGCAACGACGCACCGAAGCGCCUCACGUUCGCAGAGUUUGUGUGCGCCAGUUCCAGCGAUCACAACGUCAUGCCCCGGUGGGUGUGGGAUUAUCUAUCCACAAGGAGACUCUCGACCAUCCUGACAGACGCCCUAUCGCGCGAGUGGGAGAGCAGCACUAUGCCUAAUAAAGACAAGCUUGAAUACUUUCCUUUGCUUUCCCUCGACCUUUCCCGUGUCCUCGAGAAUCGGUUCGUCCUCGAGGAAGGCGAGAGCCUGCGACUAAUUCUCGACGGUCUUCCUCUUCGCCUCGGCCUCUGCAGAGAUAAGGCCCGCCACAUCAAGCCCUUCCUACUCGUCGAAGCGCGCUACAAGCUGGUUCCCUCCGAGUACAGCAACGCGCUUACGACUCGGUGGGGCUGGCUUGCCGUGACGGCCCACUCCAACAUGCAUGGCUAUCGCCCGUGUCGCGGGUACGCGUUCAAGGCCUGCGGUGCUCUGCUCCAUCUGCGGGGACCGCACCCAUGCCAUACUAGCUGCGGCCACGAUACUGCGCCGGGUCCAGGCCUCGUGGGCUGCGGCAUUGAUUGCAGCUGGCCGAAUGCUACGAACAGCCAUCUCGAUGUGGGUCAGUUGCCAGAGCUCGAAGAGAAGAUGAAGAAGAUCACGAUGCUGCAGCGGUACUUAGACAAUACGCUGCGCAGAGGCAGCAGCCCGAAAGGACCGGAUGUGUACCUUACGGCCACCCCCGGAACAACCACGAGGACGGGCAUCUAUUGCGAUCCGGCACAUCGCCAUGGCGGGACAUUGAGUGACGAGGGCUUCGAUUUCGAGCAUGGCGUCGCUGCUAUUGCGAGCUAUCUAGAACAGAGAGAGUCGAGAAGCAUCAAAGAGAUGCUCGUGAAGCUCGGGGAGGCUUGCGCCGUGCCGUUUAGGGCAGUCUCGGAAUGCUUUCAGUUUCGACCACCGGACCGGACUGCGCGUCACAACUCGAUGUCGAGUGACCUCAUGCUGCUCAAAUCUAGGAGCUUUUCGCCAAUUUGA